ACAGAAAUAUUUCGCCUCGUUGUCAGUCGGGACUCUGCCUCUCUUGAUCGUGCCGUUUUUUUGUCGCAUUUCUCGCGAAAAUGAUGUUUUCGGUCGAAAAACCGACGAUUUCGAAGCGCUGUUUACCGGCCCGUCUCUAAGACCAGUCGAUGGUGUUUUCCAACUGUUUCACCGGCUACAUCGUCGCACUGUCACCAAGAAACAUGUGAAUUGGUCCCUUGUCGAGUUUGACGAUUGCCAAAGUAGGAGAUUUGUGUUGAAAGAUACGUUUUUUGGUGUUUUUUCUUUUGUUGGUUAAUUGUGAAUUGUUGUUCCUUUUGGUGCUCGCUAGGAUUUUAAUCAAAGGACCCCGAGAGAUUAUAGUUAUAGGCAACUACUGGUGCUAAACUGGCGAUACACAAGAACUUUGUAGAACAGAACAAAACAAAAUGGCAGCUGGAACGUGUUUAACUAAUGCAGCUUCUGUGGCCUGGAUCCUGACUGUUUUCUUUGCCGUUGCGAAAGGGGGAUGCACCUUCAACAAGACUUGGAGCGGAAGGUGGUUUCAAAGUGGGUUACAAAAUCUGGUUUUCAUUAAUAGCACACACAUAGAGACCAAAGGAGAGUGUUUCGAAAAUCAAGCUGAUAAAUAUUUAGUGUAUAAUAGACAAGACAACUGUUAUCGCUGUUUAGCUAUUCAUGAAAAAUUCACCGGAGUACUUCAAUAUAAGGAAUCAAUAUGCGAAGAAAAGAAGGGUUCCUUAAGCGAAAUAUGUAGUUCGAUGUUGGGCGAUGACCCAUUGCAUACAAUGUUUCGGAAAUAUCCUGAGACAAAAUCCAUUCCAUGUCCUUUCAAGAGUGCUCCAUUCACAUUCAGCUACAGCAGAGGGGCCGGCGAAUGUUCUAAUCCUCCUAGCAAAGCCGAAAGCUGUACCGACGAUUCCAGAAUCGUUUUCAAAUAUCAGGCCUGUCCUGAUGUGCCCUCAACAGAAAGUAACGUUGAAGAAUUGGUGUGUCUGGCCACAUGGAAAGAAGGAUCUACAAGGUAUCUCAUUGGAAAAAUAUCACAGGGUAAUAGAAGAAAUCUCAUAACCGAUGAAGACCAAUACCGUUGUUUCAUCUAUCAGAGAGAUAAAAGCAAUGACAAAACCACUUACAGCAUUGCUCAAUCUGCGGAUGCAACUUGUACAGGAAUAAUUAACUCUUACGAAGGAAGCAAAACAAUGAAAUUAACAACAGUCGAUAACCAUCACAAUCGCUGCAAAUUUCCUAAAUGGAUUACCGAUCAUCAUACGUGGCUUAGUUUGGAUCAUAAAAAGAUCUACAAGUUCACACAACGUAACGCAACGUUGAAAAUAGUGGACGAGGUGAUACCAAAACCUAAGAGGCCCAUAAGACCUAACUUCAGUUUGGGCUCCCAGAGCACGGCUUUUGGGUAUGAGGAAUUUGGUUUCGAGAGUCAAGAUCAAAGAAGGUCAGACGGAGAAAUGAGAGUAAUAUGCCACGGAAUUUUGGAGUCCCAAGAUCAAAAAAGGGUGCAGAUUGUGGCUCACAUAACCUCGGGAUGCGAUAGCGGUUAUGUCUGCAUGGUUUUCCACAAGAGAGAUACCAACGUCAUUGAGAUACAACAAACCAGUGAAUUCGAAGAAAACCCUGAUGAUGCUUGUAGAAAAUUCAAUCCUUCUACAACUCUCUUCACUACACUAGUUACGACCACUCUGCACACAAAGAAAUGUCCCCAUUUUGGAAGGUAUAAGGUUCCUCCGAAAGAAGAACUCCCCGAAGAACGAAGAAAGAAAAGGGAACAGUCAGAUUCACAGGGAUCAGAAUUAACGCCUGAAUGUUUGUCGCAAGACUACGAGACAUUGACUGUAGGUUGUACGAAUCAACACGAGAUGGAAUUCAAAUCAGGAUGUAAUCAGCAGAUGCCAAAUGCCUAUUCCUGUCAUGGAAGCUGGAACGAAAAUAGCUUAAAUUUCAUAAUAGCCACUCCAGUUACAAGCAAGAAGUCAGUGAUGGGUGAGCCAAUCCGGUACUGUUUCAUCUACACUUUGGGAUACGAUUCCCCAUCACAUCAAGCCCACGGGGACCACCGCCUGGUCCAGGACAAACAGAAUUCGGACCAAGCAUUUCUUAAGUUGUCCAGAGUCACUGACAGCUGUCAUAGGAUUGUUGUGCCCGGGUUCGGAAACUGGGCUUACAAUUUCACCAAUACCGGAGCUUGCAAAGCAGCUGAUCAAACAAACUCAGGCAUAACAACAAUGCCAGCAUAUGUCUUGCUACUGACCACAAUUUGUCUCAUUUUGAACAUGAGAUGAUGAACAGAACUUGCAUCAAUUUCGUUCGGUGUCUCAGAUGAUUCAUUAUUUUAAGGAGGAAUUUUUCAAUGAUUGAUGACUGUCAAUAAUGUUUCUCGAUCUGUGAAGCACUCUAUUUCAAAGAGUUUUUUUUUCGUUUCGUACAUCGUGGGAGUGCAUCUCGGUUUGUUGGCUUAUUGGACUCUUAAUGAGCUGACAAAUAUCCUGUAACAGGUGUUGAUUUUAAAUUGGCCAGAUGUUACUUGGGACUGUGUAUCAGUUUGUUUUUAUCAAGAUGCAGGAUGAACGGAUUUUCGUAUACUUGAAAUUAUCCUAGAGCUUGGAAACGUACAACGAAAUCUUUUUGUCUUCACUUCAGUCUCUGUCAUAUAAACAAAGUAAGAAGAAAUUAAAACGAGAAGAGUAGGGAAUAGCGAUCAAGUUUGUUAUGAUAAUGCUCGAUAUUUAGUUUUACAUUAUUUCCUAAAGAUUAAUAAUCUGUGAUUUAGAACGGAAAAACGGGCGGCUAAUUUAAAAAAUACGCUGAUUAUUUAUUUACACGGAGGUCAUGGAGCAUGAGGAUUAUUUUCAAUGUAACCUUGUAAAUUUGUAUUACUUAGAUGUUGCUCCCUUUUAUCAGAAACGAAUAUUCUAGAGAUAAUUCUAAAUGAUAAAAAAAGAGUGAAUGGAUAUUAGUUAGGAAAUAUUUAUAACCUCAGCGAACCCAUUCAACACAAAUGUCUUUUUCUCGCAUAUGAAUCAUCUUGUGUUGUACUUAAAACAUAUUUUAGCUUGAAAGGACAUGAAAAGACUGUAAAAAAAAGGAAUUGUCCUGAUUUCCUAAAAACAUUUUCUUUUAGAGUGGUAAAACUGGGAUUUAAUAUGAAAUGAAAUUAAGAAGGUAUAAAAGUAAGUGAAAAAGAUCUAUUUUACCAAGAAAAUUAUGUAUAUAGACCAGAAAAUUUUAGAUUUUAACGAAUGUUGACUAUUGGAAGGGAAUUAAUUCGAUAAGGACUGUUUUUAGUGGAUUUCUCGCUCCUUCAGUAAUUCUUUCCUUUGUGAUACAUCUUCGGGAAAAAAUAUGAAAUUUUGAGAUGAAAGGUUAUUAUAAAAAAUACGCACCAAAGUGUGUGUGUCGUUUUAACAAUUCAAGACUCUUUUUGAAAGUUUAAUAUAUUUGUGGAUAAGAUAUGUUGAAACCUCUUGUAUAUUAUCUGUAUAUAUCUGUUUAUAGAUGUUUUCUUUUAUCUAUUUAUCAAUGUGUAAAAACACUAUUCUUUUUUGAUUCGAGAACUGUUGGAAAAAAGGAAGAAUAUCUUCGAAGGUUCAUUUCAGCUAUUCUCGUUAUCCAUAAUUUCCUGUGAUUUUUUGCAGCUUUGACUCGUACGAUACAUAAGCCAUUGUUCAAUGUAGCUGAUACCAAAUCUCAAGUCAUUUGUUUCACAGGCUUCUUAAUUGUUUCAUCCUCAGAUCUCUAUGUAAAAAACAAAUGGGUAAGACUGGCGUUGGUUUCAGCUAUGUCGAUGCGUACAUUAGAGAAUAUUAUUAUUAAUUGCCCUUGAACAAACAGUGUGUCCAAUUAAGCUUGACCUUCAUACAAUUUUAUGAUUAUAUUUUUGAAAAAACAA